UACAUUAGGAGGAAGUGCUAACUGCGUUAGCUGCCUUUAGCUCGAGCAGGUCACAGGAGACUUUAUACUUGUAAAAGUGCAGUGUAUUUCGACACUUUUUUUGGCCUUUAUUUUAUUUUAAAUGUGAUAUUGUCUUGGUCUAUGUUGCCAACGUAAAGAUGGCGCCCAAACCUCUGCAGCCUGUGGCUGUGAAGUUGAUGAAGGCUGUGAUCUUCGCUGAGGUCAUUGGUGUCUUCUGUGCCUACGGACUCUUUCAGAAGAUGGACUCAAGUCGAGAUUUCAGGAAAAUGAUGAACUGCAGAUUUCCCAGCAUCCUGGAAGUUUACUACAAAUCCAACGAGUGGGCGGGGAUUUAUGGCAUUCGAGAAACAGACCGGAAAGCCUGGACCGCUAAACAGGUAUAAAGGUAAGCCGUAGCAGUUACUACUUCUUCUUCCUGAAUGUCCUGCUGCCUGUCUUUGCUCGGCCAAACGUCUUCCUCUUAUUGAAAACGGCUUUUCUCCUACGCAGCGUCUUGGCGUCUCGCCCGUGGAUCCAGUCGUCUCGUUGAGCCUCCCACUUCAGCUGCUUCAGACCUGCAGUGAAGAACAAGGAACAGACGUCUGCGUCAGCUGCUUUCUGUUAGUGCACUGACAAAAAAAAUCAUUUCAGGUACUGUGAAGUCUGAAAUAGUGGGUGGAGCCGUGCACUGACAAAAAAAAUCAUUUCAGGUACUGUGAAGUCUGAAAUAGUGGGUGGAGCCUUUAUUUGUACAUAUAAAUUUAUAAACGCUGAGUUGUAACACGACCACGAACAUGACGGCUGCUUCACGUCUGAAGUGAGAAUAUGAAAUUUGUGUAGACGGUACAUUUGGUUUAAUCUGUAAUCAGUUACACUGAAAACCAUUUUUACUUCAGUGAAGGUGUAGAUCAAAUUAAAGGUGCGUUCAU